GUGAGUCGUUUGCGAUCCGCCAAAAAACGAAGAGAAGAAGACGUCAUUGUGAUCCUGGAGAGGAGACCGGUAACGGGACAAAGGGACACAAUGAGUCAGCGCUCUGAGAGACGAGGGAUCCAUGUGGACCAAUCGGAACUGCUGUGCAAGAAAGGUUGCGGUUACUAUGGAAACGCUGCCUGGCAGGGCCUGUGCUCCAAGUGCUGGAGAGAGGAGUACCAGAAGGCCCGGCAGAGACAGAUCCAGGAGGACUGGGCCCUUGCUGAGAAGCUGCAGAGGGAAGAGGAGGCGGCCUAUGUCAGCGUUCACAGUUCCUCUCAGACCCAGCCUCCUCAAUCCCAUACUCAGCACUCUCUCGCCACCUUCUCCAAGUUUGAGGAGAAGAAAACCAAUGAGAAGACCCGCAAGGUCACCACUGUGAAGAAGUUUUUCAGCCCUUCCUCCCGCACUGCUCCUAAGAAAGUCCCCCUCGAAAAAGAAAACGAGAAACAAGAGAAAGAGGAGAAGUUUCAGAGCAGGAGGGAGAGCCAUGGAGAGACCCUCCUAAGGGAUCUGAAGGGCAUUUUCACCCAACCCUGGGAGAUGGGCUCCCCCACUGAAGCUCUGGUUUCGAGGUUUCGAGAGAGCCACGAGGCAAAGACACCUAGUCCCUCCAUCACCCGUCAGUCUAGCAUGGAGACCGAUUGCGUGUCACGAGACUUUGGGGAGUUCCUCAAGACCUUACAUAAGCCUGGCAGAGAGAUCCAAAAGCAGAGCCGUGCUUUCAUAGAGAGCAUGGGAAGUAAAAAGGAUCUCAGUGCAGAGGAACUGUCUGAAUGUGUGCAGGAUUUUUACCAAAACAUGUCUGACCGACUAUUGAAUCAUUUUAAAGGCUCCUCUGAGAAGGUGGAAAGGGUAAUGGACCAGGUGGAAAAAUACAUCAUGACUCGUCUCUACAAAAGUGUCUUUUGUCCUGAGACCUCAGAUGAUGAGAAAAAAGACCUGACCACCCAGCACCGAAUUCGGGCCUUACACUGGGUGACCAUUCAGAUGCUGUGUGUUCCUGUGGAUGAGGAGAUCACAGAGGUGUCUGAUAGUGUAGUCAAAGCCAUCACUGAUAUCAUUGAGAUGGACUCGAAGCGUGUGCCGAGGGAUAAAUUGGCCUGCAUCACCAGUUGCAGCAAGCAUAUCUUCAAUGCUAUCAUGGUCACUAAAAACGAACCAGCCUCUGCAGAUGACUUCUUACCCACCCUUAUCUAUAUCGUGUUAAAGGCCAACCCACCUCGGCUGCAGUCCAACAUCCAGUACAUCACACGCUUCUGUAACCCCUCAAGACUCAUGACGGGAGAGGAUGGAUACUACUUUACCAACCUGUGUUGUGCUGUGGCCUUCAUUGAGAAGCUGGACGCCCAGUCGUUGAAUCUUAGCCCUGAGGAAUUUGAGCGCUACAUGUCCGGUCAGGCUUCUCCUCGAAGACAAGACAAUCCUGCCUGGCCUCAGACUGGCUCCCGUAUCAACCCAGCUCUUAGCCAGAUUCAUCACAAUCUUAGCGUCCUGUCCAACCUUGAGAAAAGACAGCAGCAAGUGAUAGAGGGGGCCCAGAGCCUGCAGACUGAACUGGCAGAAUGGCAGGACAGCGUGGCCCGAGAGGUGCAGGAAAUCCUGGAGAGAUACCCACUGGAGAUUAAACCACGAGCAUCCGCCAUAGAUGCAGAGAACGUGGAAAAUGAUAGGCUACCACCUCCCCUUCAACCACAAGUGUUUGCUGGUUAGCAAACUAAACUAGUUCUGUGGUUGAUAGAGUAAACAACCCAGAGACAUGGUCAUACCGAGACAAGUAAAGCAUAUUUUUAAAUGAAAUGGCUGCUUUCGUCGAAGAUCUCUUUCUUUUCUACUGUAUAUGUGAAAACAGUGGUUUUACCAUUCCAUUUUCUCUCUGAAAGGUAUAUAUUACAAAAAAUUAUAAUUAUGUGGUAAUUUACUCACCCUCAUGUUGUUCCAAACCCAUAUGACUUUCAUUAUUUCAUUGGAACACAAAAGGAGAUGUUAGGCAGAAGGUUAGGAUCUGGCAGCCUUGGUCACCUUUACCUUUCAUUGCCUGGACAAAAAGAUGCAUUUAAAGUGAAUGGUGACUGAGGCUGCAUUGUCUACCAUCUCCUUUUGUGUUCCAUGAAAGAAUUAUAGACAUAUGGGUUUGGAACAACAUGAGAUUGAGUAAAUGAUGACAGAAUUUUCAUUUUUAGGUUAACUAUCCCUUGAUUGUUUGCACAUUUGGUCAACUGUCUUCUCUUAACUGCAGACAUGUUCUUGUAGGACCACGUUAGUGCAGCUGAUUCAGACAGGUGGGCUGUUUGUGAAAAUAAAAAAGCUUUUCUGACCUGGCUUUAGUUGAUCUGACACUAAUUUGGUCAAACUUUAAAUGUGUUAGCUUUUUUAAUUAAAAAAAUCGUAGCUGCUUAAAUGUCCUCAAUAUAUAAUUGCAGUUUUUAAAAUGUGAUCAUACAACUUUUGCAAUGUAUAUAGGUCGUAUUCACUGUAAGGUGUUUCAUUCAUAUACCUUGGUGUGAUGUUCUUCUCCUGGAUGAAGGUUUAUGUGUAUAUAAAAUGUUUUGCUGCUCAUACUGUAUAUUAAGGUAAUUUAAAGUUGAACCCCUGAAUUUUUACCUAGCUUUUAAGGGAAUGCUUGAUAUGUGUAAAGUGCUACUCAUCUUUACUUACGGUACCUUUCAAAGAUGGUCAUUUUUCAAUGCUAGGUUACACAUUGAAUCAGCUUUACAGUGGUGCAAACACUUUUUUUUUUCACAGGUAUUUGUUUGCCAAACAAAAUGCAUUAGUGUCAUGGAUAAAUCUGCAUGUUUUGUUUGCUUAAAAUUAAUGUGCAGUUCUACAAUAGUGGCCACAGCUGUGUAUAUCUAUAUAUCUAUCUAUCUAUCUAUCUAUCUAUAUAUAUAUAAAACUCCCCUAGCCAAGAUGAAAUGACUUUAAUAUAUUAAAUUACAGCUGGUAGUAUUACUUUUGAUGUUGUGAGCUUAACAGAACUCAGAUUUAAAUGUGAUCCAGUUUCAUUUUGAAUAAUGCCCCAACUGGAGCUGUAACUGUAACAGGUACUUAGCACAACACUA